CGUCAAAGAAGAAGAAGAAGAAGUGGGACUUGUGUUUUUAUCAGCUCGUGUGGAGACGCCGAGCUUUUCUCCGGCAAAAUGCGCAUCGAAAAGUGCUAUUUCUGCUCGGGACCUGUGUACCCCGGCCAUGGGAUGAUGUUUGUUAGAAAUGACUGCAAGGUGUUCAGAUUCUGCAGAUCAAAGUGCCACAAGAAUUUCAAGAAGAAGCGCAAUCCAAGAAAAACAAGAUGGACCAAAGCCUUCAGAAAGGCAUCAGGAAAGGAGCUGACAGUGGAUAACUCUCUGGAGUUUGAGAAGCGCAGAAAUAUUCCUGUUAAAUACAACAGGGAGCUCUGGAACAAGACAGUGGAAGCAAUGAAGAAGGUGGAACAGAUAAAACAGAAACGACAGGCAAGAUUUAUCAUGAACAGGUUGAAGAAGGGCAAACAACUAGAAAAGGAGGAGGACAUCAACGAAGUCAAGAAAAAUAUCCACCUUAUCAAAGCACCACAUGCAGGAAAAGCCAAACAACUGGAGGACAAAAUGGUGCAGAAGUUGCAAGAAGAUGUGGAGAUGGGGGGUGAUGACAAUUAAUUUUAUGCCCAAGGAGUUUAUUUUUAGUGUUUCAUGAAAAUCAAUACCAUGUUGGCCUGCAUUACACUGCAUAUUUGUUUUGGAAUUGAGAUUUCCAAUGGACUGAUGGUGUUGAAUUUGUAAUAUAUAUAAUACCCUGUAA